AUGCGCAAAUUAUCGCGACUCGCAUUCGUCCUGCUCAUCGGUAUGACAGCUGCGAUUUUCUGCAUGCUGUUACUGUCUUCGAGUUUUCUCGCCGUCGACAGAAGGUCUUCCGCAUCGCGAAAAGAGCAGGUGUCCAGAAAAGAGGAAAACGAAGAAAGUAGAAGGCCUGUCUCUAACCCGGAAUUAUCUAAAAUGCGACUAUUCGCGAGGAUGGUGUCCCUGGAUGCGCACCUCCUGGGAAGAGGCUUCACCGAUGAACAGGUAGGAAGUAUGUCUCCUCUCGGAAAAUGGUUAUUGGCACCGGAAGGGAGUCCACCCCCGCAAUUGAAUGCCUUCAAUAAAACCUAUUUGAUUCUGAUUUGGAAGCAUGGGCAGUUCCUGGAACGCAGGCACAUUAGACGUUUCACGUCCACUAAAUUUUCACCGUGGGACCAAUGUUCAGUACGGAAUUGCGUAUUGAGUUAUGACGAAAAGGAUCUGCAUCGAGCAGACGCCGUGAUAUUCCAUUUGCACUUUACGAGAAAUCCGUCGGAGUUACCAGUGAGAAAUCGAGUAGAUCAACGAUGGAUCUUCCUGACAGAUGAGUCACCCUACCACACGUUUCUGUACGGCCAUCAGAGGCUGUCGAGUUACGAUGGUCUGUUCAACUGGUCCAUGUCCUACCGAAUGGACAGCGACGUACCGGUUCCCUAUGGAAGAACAAUACGAGUCUCUGAUGACUUUUCGACUAAACGCUGGGACGAUAUUAUGAGAACCAAGAGCAAAUUGGUCGCUAUAAUGGGCAGCAAUUGCGGCGGCCUUAACGGACGGUGGUCCUACGUCAAAGCGCUCAAGUCGUCGCUUCGCGACGACCUGGACAUUUUCGGGAGAUGCCUGGACGGCAACAGGACCAUUUGUCCCGGUCAUUUCGACCGGGACUGCCUCGCCCUGGGCGCAUACAAGUUCUACUUGUCAUUCGAGAACUCCAAUUGCCGGGAGUACCUGACGGAGAAGGUAUUCUGGAAUGCGUAUCGCAAAUUUGCGGUCCCGAUAAUAAUGGGAGCGUCGCGGCAGGACUGCCGGCGAUUGUUGCCACCGCGCUCCUAUCUCUACGCGGACGAUUUCGCGAACGCAAACGCGCUUGCAGACUACCUCAGAUAUCUGGACCGCGACGACGAGCGUUACCUCGAGUAUCACGAGUGGCGCAAUCGCUACCGGGUGAUCAACGAGCACGGUUACUUCGGCAGCGUCUCCAGACAUUAUUGUCGCAUAUGCGAGGCGUUGCAUUACAAUCCCAUCGUGCCGAAGGUCUACAUGAGGCUCGAUCACUUUUGGAGCAAGGAUAAGGAUUGCGUUCCAACGAGUGCUUAGAGUGCUCCUCGUUGCCCAUGAUUAUCUAGUCUUUGUGUAGAUGAAUUAAUGAUUGAUAUAAUUAAAUCUGUAAUAUAAUUAAUUUUAUACAGAUAAAUCUUUCGUCAGUGACUUUAAACUUUGGCAGUGGAUGAUAGUUUUUAGCGUCGAACUAGAUCGUUUAAAGUUAUAGAGAUUAAAAUUAUGUAUAUAGAUUAUAAGUUUAAA